AACCGUAGUUCAUAAAGAACUAUAGUCCACUAAGAACUACAAUUCGCUCAGUGCCACAAUUCUUUAACAAGUACAGUUCACAAAGAACUAUGGUUUUCUAAAAACUUCAGAUCGCUAAUAGCCAAAGUUCACUGAUUACUGCAGUUAUCAAAGAACUAUAAUUCACCAAAAUUACAGAUCGGUAAGAUGUAACUAUAGUUCAACAAGACAACAGUGCCACAGUACUUUAAAUACUACGGAUGGCUAAGAGCCAUAGUUCACUAAAGUCUACAGUUUACUAAGAGACAUAGCUCAUUAAGAAUAGUUCACCAAGAACUACAGUUCGCUCAGUGCCACAGUUAUCUAAAAAGUACAGUUCACAAAGAACUGUAGUUCACUAAAAACUAGUUCACUCAGUGCCACAGUUCACUAAAAAUCUAUCUACAGUUCGCUCAGUGACACAGUUCUCUAAGAACUACUGAUCGCUAAGAGCCAUAUAAAAAACUAUAGUUCACCAAAAACCAGCUUAGCUCUGACUAGUUAGCUCAGUGGUGCCACAGUUCUCUUAAAAAGUACAGUUCAAAAAGAACUGGUGUAACUAAAAAGAAAGAUAAGUGGAUAUAGUUGUUUUUCGACAAUGGCUUAUUUAUUUUGAACUCGUCCCCUUAAUGAACGAGAUAUGCCUGGUUCGGAGUCGGAUCGCCCCACCACUGUCCGUCAGUGGUGGUGACAGCGGGAGCCGGGAGCGGCCCAGUGGCAAAUCGGACCGACUGUCGAGUAGGACGAGAGAUCCCCGCCUGGCCCGCCGACCGGGCCCGAAUGAUGCCGGCCCAGGAGACAUCACCAGCCGAUUGGAAAAUAUGCUCGCCGACGAUGACAGACGGACAGCGGACCGACUUCAGGAGCUCGACGUUUCCGUCGACGCGUCCGACAUGACUUUCCGAAUGACCAACUACCACAAAGACCUCCUCAAGAUGAUGUCGAUGAUGCGGUGCCACCAGAUGCUCACGGACGUGACGCUAGUCGUCGGUAAUGAGAGGCUGCAGGCGCACAAGGUGAUGCUCGCCGCAGCGAGCCCUUACUUCAAGGCGAUGUUCACUGGUGGUCUCAAGGAGACGCAGAGCUCGACUGUCACCCUUCACGACAUCUGCCCCUCGAUAAUGACCCGUCUCAUCGGCUUCAUAUACACCGGACAGAUACACAUCACUGAGCUCGCUGUCUGCCAACUCCUACCAGCUGCUUCCAUGCUGCAGAUAACGGAUGUGAUAAUGGCGUGUUGCAUAUUCCUUGAGCGGCAGCUCUCGCCAGCGAAUGCUCUUGGCAUCUCUUUCUUUGCCGAUCAACACUGCUGCACCGAACUGCACAAGAAGGCAACCGAGUACAUAAUGCAGCACUUCGCCGAGGUCUGCCAGGAAGAGGAGUUUAUGCAGCUUACGAAGAAACAACUUGUCAACCUGAUACGAAAGGAUGAGCUCAAUGUCAAAGAAGAGACCGAAGUGUACAACGCUGUUUUAAAAUGGGUUAAGUACAACGAAGAUGAAAGGCGUCCGAGUAUGCAUUGCGUCCUGUCUGAGGUGCGGUGCCAGUUUCUUACACCGAGCUUCCUCAACCAACAGAUGAAGAACUGCGACGUAAUAAGGAAGAUGCCUGCUUGCAAAGAGUACCUGGCGCAGAUAUUCAAAGAGCUUACGUUGCACAAGAGGGUGAGUGUACGAGAGCGGACUCCCAACAGCCCACGGAUCGUCUAUGUCGCUGGCGGCUUCCUGAGGCAGUCGCUCGACACGCUCGAAGCAUUCAACCUCGACACGGGCAGUUGGAGUACGUUGGCCCAUCUUACGCUUCCCCGUUCUGGUCUCGGAGCGGCUUUUGUCAAGGGGAUACUGUAUGCCAUCGGUGGGAGGAACAAUACGCCUGGCUGUAGUUACGAUUCCGACUGGGUCGACAGGGAUACUUGGAGGCCUUGCAGCCCCAUGACGACAGCCAGGAACCGCGUUGGUGUCGGUGUGGUUGAUGGUAUGAUCUACGCAGUCGGGGGCUGUGCUGGUCCUGAACAUUUCAAUUCUGUCGAGAAGUAUGACCCUGAGGAGGACAAGUGGUACGCGGUAAAGCCGAUGCAGAACAAGAGGGUUGGUGUCGGCGUGGCUGUAGUCAACAGACUCCUGUAUGCGAUCGGCGGUUUUGACGGGCAGGAGCGUCUCAAGACGGUUGAGAGGUACCACCCGGAAACAGACACAUGGUGUCAGGUCGCGAGUAUGUCCAUAGCACGAAGUGGCUCCGGUGUGACGUGCCUAAACAAUUACAUAUAUGUUGUUGGCGGCUAUGAUGGUGUUCGGCAGCUGGACGAUGUCGAGAGGUAUGACACGGAACUUGACAGAUGGGAGCGUGUGAGCGGCGUCUCCCUCCCUCGUAGCGCCCUCUCCGUCGCAGCCAUCGACAACAGGAUAUUCGCAAUCGGCGGUUUUGACGGGCAGGAAUUCGUCUCGACGGUCGAGAUCUACGACCCCGCCCUCGACCGGUGGUCAUUCGGAGUACCGAUGACUUCAUCGCGUUCGGGCCAUGCGUCCGCCGUCUCCUUCAGCGCGCCAUUUGCCCCUGCUGGGUCUUCUCGAUGACAAACGCUUCACGCGAUUUCCAAAAUUUUCUCAGUAUUACAGCCAUCUUUCAUAUUGACGUCCUUUUGUGAUAAUUGAACUAAAAAAAGAAAAAAAUCAAAAGCGGAAAAAAUCCAUCAUUCCAUUAAUUUUUUAAUAUCUAAUGUAUAUUCCAAUUUCUCUCUCUCUCUCUCUCUAGUACCUCGUUAUAAAUAUUGAAUAAAUAAUUUAUUUUUUUAAGUAUUGUUUUAGAGAGGGAUAAGACGACGAUACGAUCCUGUAUAAAUGAUGUAAAGUAAUAAAAUAAUAAUAAAUAAAUAAUAGACAAAUAAUUGUAUAUAUAUGUAAUAAUAAUAAUUUAUGAGACAGAGAAAUUUUAUUAUUUUUUUAUAAGACACAUUGUACAAAUUGUUAUAUGAUAAGCCUUGUAUGUGGAAAAGAUGGUGAUAAACAAAACAAAAAAGACA